CGCCACGACGGCAACAGGGGAAGCAGCGCAACCCACCUCCGUGACCACACCAAUGGCGACCACCGCCUGCUCCCCGCUGCUCUCCUCCACCGCGGCCAUCUCCGCCUCGCAGUCGGUCACCCCCUCCUCCAAGCGCUUCCUCCCGCGCCCCUACCGCCCACCGCGGCCCAGGCCCCGACUCCGCGCGGGCUCCCUCAAGGAAUGGCGCGAGUUCGAGGACGCCGUUGAGAGCAAGGACCUCUCGCGCGCGCUGCGCUUCCUGCAGUCGGUGGAGCCCGCGUAUUAUCCGGAGGCGCCAGCGUCCGCGGGUACGCAGGUGGCGCUCCCCGUGCCGCCGGGGCGGGACUGGGAGGUGCUGGACGCCUGCAUCGACGCCGACGACAUGCGGCUCGUCGGCCGGGCGUAUCAGUUCCUCUCCGACCGCGGGGUCCUCGCCAACUUCGGCAAGUGCAAAAACAUAGUUCUCGAGGGACCAAGAGAAGUUACACCAACAACCUUAAAGGAGAUGACAGGCCUGGAAGCUGCAAAGCUUGCACCAAAGAAGUGGGGUCUCUCAGGGAAUUCUCCUUAUGUCCUGACUAUGUUUCUUGGAGGUGUAUCUUUUCUACUGACUCAGGGAGUUGAUCUACGGCCUAACUUAGCUGCCAUAUUGGGGUUAGCAACAGCAGAUGCGCUCUUCCUUGGUGGUACUUGUGCUGCACAAAUCUCAUCUUUCUGGCCUCCAUACAAGCGCAGAAUCCUUGUACAUGAAGCAGGCCAUCUUCUUACCGCUUAUCUAAUGGGUUGCCCCAUACGAGGAGUCAUCUUGGAUCCCUUUGUGGCAUUGCGAAUGGGCAUUCAAGGCCAGGCAGGGACACAGUUCUGGGAUGAAAAAAUGGAAAAAGAACUCGGUGAGGGUCAUCUAUCUAGUACAGCAUUUGACAGAUACUGCAUGAUUCUAUUUGCUGGGAUUGCUGCAGAAGCACUUGUAUAUGGGGAGGCAGAAGGAGGAGAAAAUGAUGAGAAUUUAUUCAGGAGUUUAUGCAUUCUGCUUAAUCCCCCGCUUUCUGUUGCGCAGAUGGCAAACAGAGCUCGCUGGUCAGUCAUGCAAUCUUACAACCUUCUGAAGUGGCACAAGAAAGCGCAUAGAGCUGCCGUCAAAGCACUCGAAAGUGGACAUGGUCUCAGCGUUGUCAUUAGGAGGAUAGAAGAAGCCAUCUCUUCCGACAUAUAGCUGGAGGAGAGAUUGAUCUCUAACAUGUAUUCCUGCCGAUUUAGGUUUCCUGGCAGCUUGCUGUCAGCAAUGCAAAGAAGAUGACACACAUACAAAUCAUUGUACAUACUGAGGCAAGAACUAGAAUUAACUUGGGAAUGGAUGCUUUUUCUUCAUUGAAAUCAGAAGCAUAGAUGAUCCACUGAUCCCUUGAUUUGGGUAAAGGAGGACGAAUUGUCUGAAGCAUUUGUGGAUAGAACAAUUCUCAUGGAGCUUGCAAGUUGGGAAGCAGAUGUCUGGCUAAUGUUGCUGCAGAUAAAAAUCUACAUGUAUACAGGAGGUUAGAUUUUUGGCAAACAGUUCGUUAACUCUUCAUGAAUAUAAGCAUAGGUACAAUACAAUAGCUGAUCAUUUGCAGCGUAAAAUAGCACCCAGCCACCUGGAUUGGUCUCCGGUGAGCUUAUUUUCGUAUAUAUGACAUGAAUGAUGGCUGUUAUGAUU